AUGCUGGCUUUAGAAAGAGAAACUGGACAAGUGAAUGGACCAUUUAAUGAAGACAUAUUAUUUUUUCGUCAGUUAGUUUUGGAAGGCCAUUGGGAUGAUGCUUUAGACUACUUAGAACCAUUACGAGGGCCACCUGUUGAAUUAGACCUUAGAAAGCCGCGAUUUCUACUAUUAAAGCAUAAGUAUUUGGAAUUAUUGUGCUUACGUGAUGCGUAUAAUUUGGAUGCAACUGAUCCUGUCAAUGGAACCGGCGGUACCAAUGGUGUUGACAAUGAUAUAGAUCAAGGUGUUGAACAGGUUAUUGAAUGUUUGAAACAAUUAGAACCUGAGUGUGAAACUCAAGCUGAAUACCGUGAUCUAGCUUUAUUGUUAACAUUAACUCGAUUAGAUCAGCAUCCAGAUUAUCGGGACUGGAAUCCAAGCCUUGGUCGUUUACAAUGCUUCAAUCAGAUUUAUCCACUUUUACAACCAUUCAUACAACUUAGUAAACAUUCAUCAAGUGGCCAAACAACUACUGAAGAAAAUGCUCGUGGAGAUAGACUGUUACGAUUACUUGUAAAAGGUUUAUUAUAUGAAGCGUGUGUAGAUUAUUGUGCUCUUAUGGCGACAGAACGUAAAGCUCAAAUGCAGAUAACUGGGAUUUUGGGAGGAGAUGUCGAUGAAGAAGAGGAAACUGAACGUCUUUAUAGUCAAAAUAAUCCACAGUUUACUGUAAACAAUGAUUCAAACCAACGUAUGUUUGCUCAUUCAACAAGUCAUUGUCGUCAACCAGUUGCACCUGAUUUAUCUCUAAACUCUUGGCUUCAAUCAUUGAAACCGGUUAGCUUCAGUCAACCAUUUCAAUCGUAUGAAUUGGAUUUAAAAGUGCAACCAAUUAAUCGACCUACACUAGAAUCCAAUUUAUGGCCAGAGCAUAUAUUGACUCAACCUACUGUUAAACCACUAGUUUUCCCGUAUACACAUAUACCAAUAUCGAAUGGUGUAAUGGGAUCUAGUAUACAACGUUCAGUAUUAUCAAUACGUAAUGCAGCCUUAAAAAGAGGUCAUUUACAAGGACCUUGUGGUGAAUUGAUGCGAAGUCUUAUCCCAGCGUACGAAGGUCUGUCUAGUGGUCUUCUUCGUAUGAAUCCUGCCUCUUCUAUGCAAGAUGAUCAGGUCAAUGGAGAUGCUAAUGAUAAUAACGAUAAUAGUAGUGGUAUAAAUGGAGGUUUGCGUCCAGUCAUUCGGAGUUCUGGCUUACCUAAUUUAUCCCGACGUGGUCCUCGUUUAAUGACUCAUUCCUUAUCUGGAUUUCGACUACCACCUAAUCCAAAUUUGAACUUUUUAAAUAAGAAGCCUGAUUCCAACUUGUCAAGCUAUGCAGCAGCUUCCACUGGUCCACAGAACAACACUAUUCCUGGAAAUAAAAGUAAUAAUAAUGAUAAUUCAGCUGACCCCAGUGCCAAUAUAACUACGACGGAUGAUAACAUGGAAUCAGCUACAGUCGCUAGCAUGCAAGCCUCAGUAGAUCGCUUAUUCUCUCUACAUGGUCAAAUGUCAACAAGUUCUGCAGAUAUGAAUUCAGUGAUAAUGCCAGAUCAAGAUCAACAUCAUAUGGCAGCGAAUUUACGAAAUUCUAUGCUUUUGUCUCGUUCUAGCGCUGUUACUGGUCAAAUGCAGUCCAUUUCGGAAGAGCCAUCACAUUCACCAUCAGAUUCUGGUGAAGGCAACAUUACUGAUCAACUUCGAAAGCAUUCUAUCAAUGAUGAUGGUGGUGUGAACGCAAAAUCUGUUCAUUCUAAUAAAACAAUGUCUGGAAGUUUAUCGCCUAAAGAAGCUGUUGCAUCAAUGCAAAGUUCAAUUAUAAUUGAUACAGAAGCAGACGGUCAUGAGCUUGGCUCACGUGCUGGUGACUUGUUACAUGAAUUUCAAAAACGUCGUCUGGAUCGGGAAAAUUCACAGGCGCCUACCACACCUGAUCAGUCGAUUUGUCACACACCUUCUACACCUCAAAAGACUCCUGAACCAAUACAAUCCAAUACGAAAUAUACUGCCCUUAAACAGUCAUCUAAUAACGAAGUCGAUGAAACAUACAAAUCUAAUGGUGAAGCUUCCACUUCUACUACAGCCUCCCCUCAAACACCCCGUUAUAUACCUGUGACAAUUUUAGAAGAUAGUCAGCCAGUACGGUGUGUUGCAUUUCAUCCUUCUGGACGAUUUUAUGCUGUUGGUUCAAAUAGUAAAUUUCUACGUGUAUGUCAAUCUCCUAGUGUACAGCAUUUAAGCGCCAAACAUGUAGCUACCUCGCCAGUCGUUCUAAUGAGACGUCAAAAAUACCAUAAAGGUAGUAUAUAUUGUGUUGCCUGGAGUCCAGACGGUAAACUCAUUGCAACGGGAAGUAAUGAUACUACAGUUCGUCUACUGCAAAUGGAUCCAAGUACUGGUAUACCAGAUGCUGCUUGUGGCGAUCCAGAGAUAGCAAGCACCGCUGGACAUGCUAUAGAACUUCGAUAUCAUGAUGGUACUGUACGAGAUAUUGCAUUUUUGUUAGGAAGUUACCCGUCAUCCGAUGCGAAUACCAGUACACUAAGUAACCAUUUGCUGAGUGCAGGUGCUGGAGACUCGCGUAUUUAUCUUGUCGAUUGUAAUCGAGCACAAACAUUUGAUGCAUCAGCGCCGAAAUCAACUCCACCGGGUUAUGUGGUACGUUCCAUGUCUGGACAUACUGCAGCAGUCUAUUCAUUAUCUGUAUGGAGUCCUGGUUCAUUGUUUGUUUCUGGUAGUGCAGAUGCUACGGCACGCCUAUGGGAUUUACGAGCACCAGCACCCGUUUUGAUUGUCCCUUCGUAUUCAGGUUCUCAAGGAAGUGCAUUUGCUUCAGUAACUGUUGAAUCUGGUUGUAAUCUACUUGCCAGUGGUCAUGAAGAUGCUACAAUCUCUUUAUUCGAUUUACGCGGUGCUCGGUAUAUCAACGCUUAUAGGCCACAUUCAAAUGAAGUACGAAGUGUACGCUUUUCACCAACUGCCUAUUAUCUCUUAUCAGCUAGUUAUGAUAAACGAGUUAUACUAACUGAUUUUCACGGUGAUUUGUCUCAACCAUUGCCCUGUGUUCAGUUGGCAGAGCAUGCAGAUAAAAUUAUACAAGCUCGUUGGCAUCCAACUCAGUUAUCAUUUAUUACCUCAAGUGCAGAUAAAAGUGUUAUAUCAUGGGCACUACCUACUAGCAUGUGA